UCACGCCUUUCUUCUCAUUCUACUUUUCUUUAAUACUAUUCAACAAAAUGGGCCGCGAUUAUAUUGACAACGAUUCUUUUCUGAACUUUGAAAAUGGAAAAGCCCUGGCAGCUACUACGGAAGAUACACCGCAGUAUCUGGCGUUCUUCAACCCUGAUAAUCCCGAACAUAAAAUGACCAACUUUUGUUGCCGUUUGCGCUUGGAGAAGGAGCAAGAUAUUGACUCCGUCAUUUCCAGUUUAGAGCAAAAGUACCGCAAGGACAAUUUGGUUCCAAGAUUCUUCGUUGAUGAAAGAGCUACUCCUUCCAUGGCAGCUUUCGAAACUCAUUUCAAGGCUCUGGGAUCAUCCUAUACUAUUGAGCAUGACACCGAUCUUAUCAUGCGAUGGAAGGCUAAGGAGGAUUCUGCAACGGCGCACAUCAAGAACAUGGACGCCACAAAUGUGUCGAUCAAGCACGCCACAAUGGAUGAUUUGGACGCAUUGAUCAACAUAUUCGCAGCAUCCUUCAACUAUGGUGACAACCCAGAGUGGUUACGCAUUAAACUUGUCAAACAAUUGAGUAUGCCGGAUGAAUACAAGACAGCUAUUGCCGUUUUGACAUUGGACGAUGGUCGUCAUGUUGCUGCUUCAGCCGCCAUGCUGUUUUUCCCUAAAAGCAGCUCGGACCUCGGUUUAGUGCAAGUGGUAGGUUCGGAUCCAAAGUACCAGCGCUUUGGCUUAGCUGCCGCUUGCACCGCCCAAGCGUUGCAGGAUUUUGCCGGUGGUCGUGAUAUAUACCUUGAAGUGUAUAAGCAGCUCACUCACGCACAGCGAAUGUACGAGAGACUUGGAUUUGAAGUACAAGGGACCUACAAUUUUUUCCAAGCCUGUGGUGUCCAGACUACUCAUCUCAUAUAAGGCGGUAGUUCGUGAUCAAGCAGGUUGUUUUGCGUUCAGGGUCAUAUAGGGUGAUUUAAUUAACAAAAAAGAAAGAUAGUAUUCAAAUUGAAAUAAAACAUAUUGACAAUGUUGAAACUCAAUAGUGUAUAUACUCCUU